AUGAAGCCUUGGGCCAUCUGCGAGCAUCUGGCUGACCUUUGCUUGGAAGAGUUCUUUGCUCAGGGUGACAAGGAGAAGGAGCUUGGUAUCCCAGUGCAGAUGCUCAACGAUCGCGACAAGGUUAAUCGACCAAACUCACAGGUGGGCUUCAUCGAGUUCGUAAUCGCACCUCUCGCGGAGCAGAUGGCCAUGAUAUUCCCGGGGCUUUCCUUCCUGCCUGCGAAUCUCAGCGCUAACACGCAAAAUUGGGCUGAGAUCUGGAAACAGGGGUCAAGUGCAUCCGCGGAGGAAAUUGAGAAGUUCGACGCGCGUAUAGCUAAAGUCACUGGUCGCUUCAAGGCCUUCAACCAGAGACGGGAAGUCAACGUGAGGCAGUCACUGUCGGUGCAAAGCGAGGUAUCCGGCGAAUUGUAA